AUGGGCGGCAUUCUUCCGGAAGAUGGCAGAAGGAGGAUCACCCAAGAAGAGGAAGAUCAAAUUUGGUCCUGGAACGACCGCCUCCCACCAACCCCGGAUCAAACCAUCACCCAAGUCUUCUCCGCACAAGUGGCUCGCUCACAUGAUGCGCCCGCCGUCGAUGCCCCUGACGGUACGCUGACAUAUGCGCAACUCGACACCUACUCUACGCGCCUGGCGCUCCAUCUCCGCUCCAUACUCAACGACAUCUCCCCCGAUGAAAUCGUGCCAAUCUGUUUCGACAAGUCUACCUGGCUAAUCGUCUGCAUGAUGGCCGUGUCGAAAGCGGGAAUGGCGUAUACAACGCUUGAUCCCGGCAAUCCAGCGGAGCGAUUAAAUGCUUGCCUUAGCACGAUUACUCCUCGGGUGAUGUUAGUAGAAGAGACAUUUAGUGGGAUGUUUUCUUCGGAUGCAGGAAUGAAGAUUUUGGGGAAUGUCCCUGAGAUAUGCAAUGUCAAUGAUGUUAGUGGAAAGAAGACUGAGGUUGUUGACCUGCCAGUCGGUCUGCCGAGCCAUCUUGCCUACGCCUUCGCAGCCAGCGUCGUUACCACGCUGAAGACGCUGUGUAACGGCGGUUUACUCGUCCUACCACCCGAGAAAGAGCGCAUGGGCGGUAUAGCGAACUUCAUCACCAGAAAGGGGAUCACGCGAACAUUUCUUACGCCCACGCUGCUGAAUCUGCUGAAGCCAGAGGAGGUGGCUUGCUUACAGUUCCUGACUGUAGGCGGGGAGGCCGUACCUCAGCGACUCAUCGACAUCUGGGCGCCGCGAUUAUCACUCGUCGAAGCGAUUGGCAUGACAGAGGGUGUGGGUAUUGCUAACAUGAUUGACACGAGCGGGAAGAAGUGUCGAGCACGACAGUUCAUGACGGGCUGUGCGUGGAUCGUUGAUCAAGAUGAUGCGGAUACGCUGGCACCGAUUGGCGUAACAGGAGAGCUGCUCUUUGAAGGACCGGCGCUGUUCCAGGGGUACCGUAAUAACCCUGAAGCCAAUGCGAAGGCGUUCAUCCAAAAGCCGCCGAAAUGGGCGAAACAGAGGAAGGAGGGACGUCUGAGGGCUUUGUUUCGGACGGGCGAUUUGGCAAAGUAUGUGGAGGAUGGUGUGGUGCAGAUUGUUGGGAGGGCAGAUACGCGGGUCAAGUUGCAUGGGCAGCGUUUUGAGCUGGGAGAGGUGGAGAAGUCGAUGUUGGACUGUCUUCCGUUGGAUGUGACCGUCGCAGCGGAGAUUGUGGAGCCAGCGGGUGGUAACGGACCAAUGCUCGUCGCUUUCAUUCAUGGUCUAUCGGCGGACUUUUCCCACGAGGCGAAACAGUUGAGAGCGAGACUCGCAGCUACCGUUCCGGAUUACAUGGUACCGCGCGGAAUCGUGGAUCUUAAGGAUCGACCGCUAAACCCGUCUGGAAAACUGGAUCGAAAGAUACUUCGCCAAAGAGCUGCUGAGAUGCCGUUGAUGGAAUUGGUGAAGCAUAUCAACUCUUCGGACAAGGUCGCGCCAGUGACUUCGCAAGAGAAGACAAUGAGUCGUCUGUGGGCUAAGGUGCUAGGUCUACCUGUGGAGUUCAUCGGGUUGAAUGAUGAUUUCUUCUACCUCGGAGCGGACUCUUUACACUGCAUCAAGCUUAUCGCAGAAGCACGGAGAGAGCAGGUCGGUCUCUCGAUCGAAGAUAUCCUGCAACACAGAUCUCUCCAAGCUAUGAGCGGAGCGGCGGCCUUCGGGGUACAGAUCCAGUCGACCAAGCCUGAAAUUGAAGAUCGAACGUAUGCGAUAGAUGCUAUCGCUCCGGAUGUCGCACCAGAAUCGGUUGAAGAUGUUGCCCUAGCAACAGACUGGCAGGCUUGGUGUAUAGCUCAGGGUUUGCUCAAGUCUCAUGGCUGGCAUGACUACAUGAUGUUCAAGUUUCCCAAAGCGCUGGAUAUUGAGAAGCUGCGAAAUGCCUGCCAACAGCUCAUAGACCGACACGGCCUUCUGCGAACGAUGUUCGUUGUAAAGGCAAGACAGACGUUUCAGGUAAUCAUGAAGUCCAAAGCUUACCCCUUCAGCUUCACGGUGAAGCAAUCGAGUGACGGCCAGAACGUGGACGAGGUUGUCAAGGAAACCAUCCAACAGGAUAUAAAGCGACGCACUCAACUCGGCGAUCCUUUGGUAAAUUUCACGCUUGUACAAGGCACAACUGAAAACACUCAUCAACUGAUCCUUCGAAUUUCCCACGCUCAGUACGAUGCGCUCAGUCUCAACAAGCUGUGGCGAUCGCUUGAAGCGCUAUACUUCGCGAAGCCACUAGAAGUCGUCCCUUUCACCAAAUUCUGCUCCGAAGCAUCUCUGGCAAGCAAAGCAUCCGAAUUCUUCUGGAAGGAAGCCCUAGCCAACACCUCGAUGAGCGAAGUGAUCCCUCACACCCACCCUAGCGUGGACUACCCUAUCAACAGAGCCGUCAAAACGUCCGUUCCAUUGGUGGAUUUGAAAGCAUCAGGUUACACGAGCGCAACCACCGUUCUUGCCUCGUGGUCGGUCGUCCUGUCAAAGCUUACAGGCCAUGAUUCCGUCGUAUUCGGAUACAUCAUUUCGGGGCGACACCUGCCGAUGGCCAAUAUAGCAGAUGUUCUAGGUCCAUGCAUGAACAUUCUACCUUUGCCUAUCGAUAUCGCAUCAACAUCGCAAACCUCUUCGCUUCUCAACUCAGUCCAAAGCAACUACCUCAAAUCACUCCAACAUGGCCAUCUUGGACACUAUCGCAUCAUCGAGAGCUGCACCAGCUGGCCGCGGUGGACACGUUUCUCCACCGUAGUAAACCAUCUUGGCUUUGAGAUGAGCGACGUUGAACCACCGUUCUCUGAACUUGGAGGGUGCGAGUUUAGUGUAUAUGAGCCGGAGCAUGACAAGGCUGAUCUUUGGCUGCAAACCUCUGCUUGCGGUGAUGAUUUAGAGAUCGAAUUGAGAUAUUCGGCGGAGGCUUUCUCGGAAGAUUGGGUCAAGGCGGUGUUGGACUACUUCGUCAGCGUGUACCAGCAGCUACCUACGGUAUUGGAAAGCCAGCUGUCAGAGACGCUUCCUCAGUUCAGCGUGGCUGCGCCCCAGGAUAGUCUGAUCAAUGCUCCACAGCCGAUCAAAGAGAGCUCAAAGUCACCACCGGGAAAUUCUAGUGAUUUGGAAAAGAUGGUCUUGUCAGCUUGGGACUCGGUUCUAGGAUCGGAUUUUAGAUCACAUCCCGGAUUCACAUAUCUGACACCGUUCUACGAGAUUUGGGGCAAUGGAAUCGCUGCUGCUGCUUUAGCUUGUGAGUACUCGAAGAAGGGCUUUCCCAUGAGUAGUGAGGAGAUGCUACGUUACCCAUCUAUUGCAGAGACUAUCGCGAAGUUAUCAUCGUGGACGUAG